AUGGCCAAAACUCCCUCUUCUUCCCCUUCUCUCUUAAAGCAAUUCAGCAACUACACAAACUCCGGUCUCGGCCUAGAGAAUUUCUUACGUCUGAUCCAGUCGAUAUGCCAGGUGGUCUCAGUUACCAUAGCGUCAGCAGCUGAAUCGGAGCCAUGGACGAUUGCUUGGAAGAAUUUAGCGCUGAAGAAAUAUUUCCCCAACUGCCUCACCGGCAAUCUAAUAAACAAUUCUUCAUCAUCGCAGGCCGCCGCUACUUCCGUUACUUCCAAUUCAUCGACUGUUUUGAACGAGCCUGGGCUGUGCUAUGGGGCCAAGAUGCAUCACCUGCUGGCGGGUACAUGCUACGGACAAUUGCGGUGGGAGAAUGGAGCUGUUUAG